AUGCGCACCGUCGACGCUCCCAGUCGUUCCAACCCAAACCCAGAAGAAGAAAAAAGUCGCGUCGGCAGUACCUUAUCAAUUGCAGCACCUUACUUCGAAUACACCAUGUUCCAACCCCAUCUCAAACGCGCGAGUAUCUCUGAUGCCCCAAGCGUGGCCCCCAAGAUGAGCGAGCGCCCAUCGCUACGUCGAGCGCAAACAGCGCCAUCAAAGGUCAUCACGGGUCCUAAUCGAACAAAACCCAACUGGAUGCUCGCCUUCAGCUACAUGCUCAUCUAUCUGGAACUGGGGUGGCUCAUCAUGGUCAUCUGGAGGUCGCUGGCAAAGCCCCUGAACGGCGUCGCAGCUCAGGCAGGAUGA